AAGAAUGACAAAAUGUGCACAGUUUGUAUAGACAUUGAGAGAAACCCCAACCACAUUCACAACGAGCCACUUCAUUACACAGUAGGCAUUAUCAAAGUUAUGGCAGACACAUCAUGGCCAACCCUGGAGGAGAAGCUGGGAGACGUCCUAUCCCAUCACUUUAAGACCCUAGCAACGGGGUUAAAAACAAAGAAGACAACUCGUCUUGAGCAUGAUUCCCCAUCCCCAGAUAGUGGACCUUACACCCUGGCAUUGUCCAUGGAUAGUGUGAAGUCAUAUUCAAUUGGUCAGCACAGUUGGUCUCCUGGCACUCCUUCCACAAAAUCCCCUUUUGAAAUCCUUUGUAAUAACGAAACUAAGAAGAUUUCUAUAGAGCUGUUUGGCUGUGAAGAUGGCUGUCAGGAUGCGUUAUCUUAUGAAACCCUCAUCCCAGCAACAACACUGCAGAAUUAUCUCAGACUGAUUGAACAGUACAAGAAUGUUGUUUUCUACGGUCCCGUAGGAUCAAGUAAAACGUACCUGGCUCGUACUCUGGCAUACUGCAUACAGGUUCGAGAGCGCAACUGUGGUCACUCAACAGAAAUUUCCUUCUUGGCCUUCACUCCAGCCAUGAAGAAGGCUGACCUUUACCACUUUCUGAUGACCACUGGUGGACUGCUGCCUGCAGAGACUGCCCCUCCGUCAAAGAAAUCUCCAAUCCUUAUUUUAGAUGAUCUCAGCAAGAUCAAUAUAUCUGACAUAUUUGGUGAUUUGUUGCCUGCUUUAGAGCAGAGAGGGCCUAAGAAUUCUGUUGGUCUGAAAUUAGACAAUAAACCACUAGGUUCUUUCUACCUGACUGAGAACUGUUAUAUAAUAGGAACCAUGGACAGAACCAGGUGCGCCAGUCUGGAUCUAACAGUGCAACAGCGCUUCCGCUGGGUCAACUGCCGCAUUGACACCGAACCAGUGAGGGGGCUCCUAUCCCGACAGCUGUACCGCCGCCUCAUCAGCAAAUAUGGCGGCCGUUUACCCCCGUCGGAUGAUCCAGUCUAUCGCGCCGUGGAAUGGGUGAUAUGUGUGUGGCAGAGAUUGAACGAUGGCCUGGGAAAACUGGGGCUACCAGAGCUAGUGUUUGGGCCUAGUCAUUUCUUGGUGUGCCCUAUAGAGGUGAAUCAGCCCAAGAAUAUUCUCAGGUGGUUGAGUUUGCUGUGGAACCACACAAUUGCACCUGCAGUGUCCGAGGCUGUGGUCAGGGGUUCAGGGGCCGCAGACGUCACUUCAGAAGGACAACAGAAAGUAGUGAACACUGCUCUGUAUGUGUUAAUGCAGCGCUCAGUGGUCACUGGAUGUCCACUCAGUGGUCAAGAAAAAGAGCGCUACCUCUCCAGUUUCCAUGGAAGCAAUGAACUUGACAUUCAGAUGAGAGAGAGGGGUCGUCACCGUGGUCACAGAGAAAUGUCACCAGUGUUGACACCAGAUUUGUCACCAGAUGACGCCACUGCUUCACCACUUAAACAGUUUGAAGUGGCUAAAACUCAUGAGGAUCUGGUGUUGAGUUCCAAAAGGCCAAUAUCAAGUUUCCAUGAAGGCAGAUCAUCCAGUUUCUCUUCCCCCUCCUCCACCUCCUCGGCAUUCUCAUCAUCAGCACUGGGUAAAGCAGCACCACCUAGCAGUAUCAACGUUCCCACAAGUAGAUCAGAGACAGAACUCAAUUACAUGCAGAAGAAAAUGCGCAGACACGAAAUCAGCUCGGAUGGAAAAUCUGGGUCACCACGGUGUGGCAUGGCCGUGCCUGUCAGGAAGUACGACUUAAACGUAGGGGGAGCUGGUGGAGGGAGAUCAAGUCCAGUUCGAUCUCGAAGCCCUCCAGAUCCAAUGAUUCAUAUUGGAGCUGCACAGAGUCUAUCUCUUCUUACAGACGAUGCUAAUUUGUCAUCUUUUGAUAAUAAAAAUGGCACACAAUCGGUGACAGAGCCGAGAGCGCAGUCCAUGACUCAGAGACUGCGAGAGGACUACUUUAGGGACAUGAUGACACCUGCUAGGACAGAAAAAAGCCCAAGUCCAGAAAUCCAGAAAGUGCAAUAGAUGCGAGUCACUGUUUACUAGAGUUAAUCUGAAUUCCAUAUCAUAUUAAAUGCCAUGUAAAAUAGCAUGUAGCUAUACACAAUGUACAAGAAUGUAAUGAAUAUGUAGAUUUGCAUGUUAAGUGUAUACAUCUUAAUGUGAUGUCAUUAGCAAUGAUUUUUACAGCGUAAGGGGUAGAGAGGAAUUCUAUUUGUGAUUUCAAGGAAUUUUUUUCAUAACUGUAAUUUUGUUCACCUUGGAAAGCCCAUCAGCCUUAAGCAGUUGUUAUACCUCAUCCCAGUUUGUAUUGAAAAUAUAUUUCAGAAACUGGGGAUCAACAUAUAUUUAUUUAUUUAUUUAUUUAUUUAUUUAUUUAUUUAUUUGUUUAUUUUAGAGAGGGAAGCUGGAUAUUCUCUCAAUUGCCCUCAAUCAUCAGUAAAUAAAUGUCUGUAUAUGCAGGAUAUAGCAACUCCAAAAUAUUUCAUGACAAUAAUCCUCAUGAGAUAAAGUGCUAAAAUAUGGAAGAAAUACAAUUUUAAUUAUUGUGCUAACAAUUAAGUAUAGGUAAAUUUUAUCUUGUAAAUAUUAAAAAGGGCACAAGAGCAAUAUAAUACAUAUAUGGUCAAGAAAUGUGGGAGUUCAUUGGUUUGAGUGGGGGCAGUUGGGGUUAGGAAUUUACCACACAAACUUAGAUUUAUUAUCAUCAUGGGAGAAGUAGUAGGAAUGAUGAACAUUUUAAAGCUGGAGGCUCAGAGGGUGGGUUGGUUGCUGUUAAUACAGCAUAGUAAUAUCAACUGCACAUUUGACAAUUAUUUGUGUAGCUGCUGAAAUGCCAAUCUGGAUGGUGUUGACAUUGUGUGAUUGAAUUGAGGGAGGUUCACGUUAUAAUAUGAUGCCAUUUUUACUUCAUACAGGAACAUGCAUAUCAAAUGCAAAGAACAAGAAAUCCAGAGGGAAUGUGAAUAUGAGCUAGAUGUAUAAGAAGGCAUGUGGCUUAAAAAAACAAUGUCGCAUACAGUUUUAAUUCCCUGUUUUCAGGGGCUGUUCUUAAACCUGGUUAAUAGAUGGAUAAAAAAAAGAACACUGUUUAUCAUACCAGCUGUUUUUAAAACCAAACUUGGACUUGAUUUAAUUUUAUCUUAUGGGCUGGUCUCUUAGUCUUUUCUAUUCAUUUUUCUUAAAAAGGGACAUCACUAAAAUGGUACCAAGAAAGAAAGUGGUGCCAAGUUGGUAUUUGAAAAAGGAUAAAUGUCAGCAUGAUCACUGGAGGAUUCAGCAAUGGAAGGGGGGUGAGGGGGUACCACCUUUCUCUCUCCACGAAAAAGUACAAGUUAAAUGAAAUUUAACCAAAUACUUUUUCAUUCCCACCCGUACCAUACAAAUUACAUAAAAAUUGACCUUUUAUAGUAUUUUGUAUUUGCUUUACUUCAUCUGUCAAAAAUAGCCUUGUUCCUCUCCUCCCCCC